AUGGGACGAUUGAGUCGAUUUCUUGACGCUAUGGAUCAGUAUGGAAAGGUUAUCGAGGAAUUCCUGAAUGUCACGGACGUUUUGGCGUUUGUCUGGAUGAGGGCCUAUGAAGUUUCUAUUACUGCCAAUACAUUCAGUGAGGCUUUCAGCAAACUUCUUGAAACAUACCAAGUUAUUGGAGAAAGCCUGCCAUUGCUUGAAAAAUGCCAAGGGUUACUGGAGAAUACACCAUACGUGCGCCAGGCCCUGGAAUCCAUCUUCAACGACAUUCUUGAAUUUCAUGAGUACGCGCUUUGUUACUUCCAAAAGCCCAGUAAGUGA